CGCGCACGCGCACAGGUCGGCGGCGCGCGCCGAGCGGGGGGCGCCGCGCGUUGCAGCCGCGAUGGAAGGGGGUGCGUACGGAGCUGGCAAAGCCGGGGGCGCCUUCGACCCUCACACCCUGGUCCGGCAGCCACACACCGUCCUGCGUGUCGUGUCUUGGGUGUUCUCCAUCGUGGUGUUUGGCUCCAUCGUGAACGAGGGCUACCUCAACAGACCCUCAGAGGGCGAGGAGUUUUGCAUCUACAACCGAAACCCCAACGCCUGCAGCUACGGCGUGGCGGUGGGCGUGCUGGCCUUCCUCACCUGCCUGCUCUACCUGGCCCUGGACAUCUACUUCCCCCAGAUCAGCAGUGUCAAGGACCGCAAGAAGGCCGUCCUGUCUGACAUCGGCGUCUCUGCUUUCUGGGCCUUCCUGUGGUUCGUGGGCUUCUGCUUCCUGGCCAACCAGUGGCAGGUCUCCAAGCCCAAGGACAACCCACUGAACGAAGGGACCGACGCAGCCCGGGCUGCCAUAGCCUUCUCCUUCUUCUCCAUCUUCACUUGGGCGGGCCAGGCUGUGCUGGCCUUCCAGCGGUACCAGAUUGGCGCCGACUCGGCCCUCUUCUCCCAGGACUACAUGGACCCCAGCCAGGACUCCAGCAUGCCUUACGCCCCCUAUGUGGAGCCCAGCGCAGGGCCGGACCCCGCCAGCAUGGGCGGCACCUACCAGCAGCCAGCCACCGCCUUUGACACCGAGCCACAGGGCUACCAGUCCCAGGGCUACUGAGCCCCAGUGACCGCCUGCCCCACCCCACCCCCACCUUGGCCCCGCCCCACCCCCACCCUGCCCAGCCCUUCACAUCUCCAGGUCGCUCCAUGGAGGCCCAGGGUGGCUUGGGGCAGGGAUGGGGGCACCAGGUGUGGGGGUGUCUACGUGUGUGUGCCAGUGUGUCCAAGGCCACGUGCCCAUCGGGGUCCUGGAGGGUGGGACUGAGGACACUACGAGCAUUUAUUGAGCGCUACUCUGUGUCAGGCCCAUGCUCAGCACCCCAAGAGGCAGUGCUGGUCCCUGGAAAAGCGAAGCUGAGAUGUAGAGGUGGAAAUGGUGGGACAGAGACGGGCAUGGUGCCUGGACGUCUGGCCACGUGGGGGCUCAGUUCCAGCACGGGAGCUGGCACCCCUAGAUCUAGAUCCCCCUCUACACCAGGCCUGUUGGGCUUGUCAGGGCUGUCCCCACUGCAUGGUUGAGGAAAUAGGUCUGGGGAGGACAAGGUCACUUACCCAGGGUCCCUCAGGCAGCUGGCCAAGGGGAGAGCCCGCACCCAGGCAGCCCAGACCCCCAGCACCUGCCUGCUCUUCCCUGUCCUCUCACCGUCCCCAGCCCCUAGCCUGGGGCGCCACUGCUCUGUGUUACCCUCAUCGUGGGGAACUUGGGGACCCUGGUCCCAUGAGACACCCUGAUUCUGCUGCAAGUCAGGGCUGGCUCUGCCCCAGCUGCACGUCCUCCCUGCAGGUCCCUCCCCUGGCCUCAACCUUCUCAGAGAGCACUUCUGCCUCCCUGUGUCACUCCCUGUCCCUGUGCUCUGCCUGCUCCCAGGGGGCUGAUCACUGUCCUCCGCCUCUUAGAGGACUCAGCGAGUCCUCGCCCAGGGCUGAAUGGACACAGAGGCCCAGGGUUCUUCGAGUGCGUGGCACCAAUGGCCUCAUGCCUCUGUUUCCUGGCCUGAGUUGCUCAGCAGGUGCCUAUUUGCCACCCUUGUGACCUCCCUGGAAAUGGAAGUGACCUAGGACAGUCAGGGGUCAGGCUGGAUUGAGGCUGGAGUCCUGUGGGCCUGGGGAGGUCUGUGGGAGGUGGAGCCGGGGGGGUGGGCUUUGGAUCACAGGGCCAAUGGUGCACCGGCCCAUGGGGUAUGCUGCCCUGAGGUGGCACAGGGAGAGCUCUGGGUAGAGUGGGAGAGGGGAGCUGAUGGCACCAAAGGGAUAGAGAGGAUGGGACUCAAGGGGCAGGCAGGCAGCACUGCACAAAGCAUGCUCUACCUGGAGCCUCUAGGGAUGGGAGAGCAGCCCGUCUGUGCGCAGUACACACUGGGAGGCAGAGCAGCAGAGCUGUGGGCAGCCCAUGGGGACGGGGUCUCCACCGCUGUCACCCCAGGCCCCCCAGGAUCUGACAAGUCAGGUCACUUGCUGGCCCUUUCUGGCACCUGCGCUGGGGCCCCUGAGGAUGUGUGGCCCCGGCCUCCCAGAGCUCCCAAUCUGGGGAGGCUGAGCUCUGAACAAAGGUACAGGCUCUUGCUGGUGAGACAUGCAGUUCACAUGUACUGUGGGCCUGAGGCUCUGAGGAAGGGCCUGGAAGGGCCCUGAGGACGACAGGAGUGGUGGGGGAGGAACUUCAAGGCAGACAGGUAGUGUCUCUCCCCACUUAGGAGAAGGGGAAACUGAGGCUCUGAGCACAAGUGAGUUAGCAAUGAAGCACAGAUCUGAACUCAUCUGUCCUGGUUGCCCAAGGGCAGCAGGGAUGGGAGAGGACCCCGAAUGUUGCUGAUUUCCAUUUUCCACAUCUGGGGAAGGGGCUCUGUUGACAGUCCCCCCAGUGAGCCGGAGUGGGGCCAGCAUGGGGGCCAGUUACCUCGGGGCUGAGCAGAGGGGCCCUCAGCAGUAGGGUGGCCGUGGGAGUGUUUCUGUGCCCACUGCAGGAGCCCGGGACAAGUCCUGACCCCACCAGGAGCCUCCCCUGCUGUGGGCCUAGAGAGACUCCAUCUGUUUCUCAUUGGGCGCCAACCAGCUGCUGCCAGUGCCGGGCCAGAGGGCAGGGUGGCCCUGCCAGGAGUGGUGGUUCUGAGUCAUCACAGUAAGCACCCCUCACUCUCCUUGGGUACACCCCAGAUACAGGCACCCAGCAUGAUCCACCAUCGGGCAGGACCCUGGCUGGGACCAGCGGUGGAGCUGAGAGGUGGACAAGGUAGAAUUGGGAUGAGACACAGAGCUGCUGACUCCACUACUGGGAGGAACCUGGGGGGGCCCAAGCCGACAAACCAGCAGCAUCUGGCAUCUCCUUCCCCUCCGCUGCCCUCUGCUUGCCCUUGCUCGCACACUGUCCUUGAGGAAAGGGCCCCUGAAAGCCCUGUGGAAUUUGGGACCCUCCUCACCAUCAAGCACAAGAAGGUACCCAGGACACUAAAGUUCCACCCAAGUUUAGAGCUGCAAGGACCCUUAAAACAGCUUAGAACUGGGACAGGAAGACAGUGACCUGUCCUAGGUAAAGCACAGAGCAUGAGGUGGGGAGCCCAGGCUUCUGCCUUCUCCAUAGACACGGGUGGGGGUGGCUCCUCACCUACACGGGAGUGUCACGGUGAUGGGCUGAUUCCCAGGGAACCAGCAUUGGUCAACCACUCCAUCCUGCCCUGGUGAUUCUUGAUCUUUAAAGACUCCCGGGGGUCCCUGGCUUCUCCCAUGUAACUAAGACCCCCGACUUGUUACCCUGGGGGACCUUGACCUUGGCCCAAGACCCCUUUGAUUCUCUAAGGAGCAAGAAGGGGGAAUCCCCUACCCCAGAGUUUAUGGAGGAUGGCCUAGUCCAGCCGUCGCCCAACACCGCCUCUGCCCCAGUCCCCUGCCCUGGUGCCCACAGCCCUGCCUGGGUGUCCUGGCCCCUUUCGCAGCGUUACUGCCUGUGUAUAGUAUAAAUAUAUAUAUUUUCUAUAUAUAAGAUGUAUAAUAUAAGGCUCCACAAAUAUAUCUGUGUGUGCGGUGAAGGGCGGGCCUGGCCCCGGCCCCUGCUCUUGACCCCCACCACCUGGUUAAGUUUCUCAAGAGUGAAUCCAGUGGCCCUGUGGCCCCCUCCUUUAUGACAUCCAUCCAUUUGUGGUGAACCAAGUGAAGGUGGUAACUUCUGGUGACAUAGUAAUAAAGUGAAGACUCAGAACCCACCAGCGAA